AGUUGCAAAUUUCACUUCAUUGAUAAAGAAAAUACAAAAUGAAUCACAAGAAAGAGACAAAUGAUGUCAAAAAAGUAUAAAUUUGGAAGUCAAUAUUCUGAAAUGUUUUAGUUAUAAUUAUAGGCGAAUGACAGACAGUAAGAAGUAAGCAGAAUGUGGAAAUUGUAUACUUCUGUGGCACUUCUUCUAUUGUGUGUUACAAUAGGAGAAAGUCAAGGACCAGCCGAAAGACUAGGAACUGCCUUUUUCUUCCCAGGAUUUCCAUUUCCACCUGGCAUGAAUUUUCCUGGUGGAUUAUGGAGUUUACCACAACGUAUUUUGAGACCACCUUCUUCAAGACCUCGCCCAAGACCACCACGACCAGAUAACAGAGAACGAUGUCCUUCUGAUGGCAUUAAACUAAUAUCACAUCCAACAGAUUGUGAAAUGUAUAUAUUGUGUGUUGAUGGAGAUGAAAUGACUGAAUUGACAUGCCCAAAUGGAUUGCACUUCUCUCGUAUUACUCGUACCUGUACAGAUCCACGAGCAGCUGGUUGUGAAGAUUUCGAAUGGGAAUGCCCUGAAGAUCAUGAUCCGACAAAUGUGGUUUUCCUACCUAAUCAAGAAGAUUGUUCUCGUUAUUAUUUGUGUUGGUCUGGAACUCCAAUUCCAAUGAGCUGUGCUGCUGGACUGCACUGGUCUAUUUUUGAAAAUUCAUGUAUGGAUCCUAGCGAAGCUGCUUGUAUGUUUUCUUUAAUGCCUGCUGAAAAAAUCACACCUGCUAUCGAUUCACCAAAAUUUAAAGCAAGCGUGUACAUCGAAAAAGGUGUAAGUUAUGGACAGUGUCCUCCAACUGGUGUUGAUAGUAUCCCAAAUCCUGAAUCAUGUGAAACUUACUUUUUAUGCGUGAAUGGAGCAAGAUUUGAUCGUGAAUGUCCUGUUGGUCAACAUUUUUCACCACAUUUAAGACGAUGCGCAGAUCCAGAUGUUGCAGAAUGUGAAUUAGGAUGUCCUUCAACGGGUUUGGCAUUUUUACCACACGAAGAUGAUUGCAACUUAUAUUACAUAUGCUUUAAUGGCAUGAGAACUUUAAUGACAUGUCCAAACGAUUUACAUUGGUCAACUGAGGCAAAUCGUUGUAUGGAUCCUGAUGAAGCUGGUUGUGAUGAAGGUGCUAUUGAAUGUCCUGCAACUGGAAUUGAACAAAUUCCAGAUCCAGAAGAUUGUGAAAGAUUCAUCUUAUGUGUCAAUGGAUUCGAAAUUCCUUUAUCUUGCGGUCCUGGAUUACAUUUUUCACCUACACUAAGAACAUGCAUGAGUCCAGAAGAUGCAGAGUGUGAAGAACCAAAUCAAUGGAAAUGUCCUGAAGUAGACACACCUGGAGUUAUUGUUUUUAUUCCAAACACUGAAGAUUGUACAAUGUAUUACUUAUGUUGGCAAGGAAAUGAAAUUCCAUUAAGAUGUGGCGCAGGCUUGCAUUGGUCGAUCUCAGAAAACAGAUGUUUACCUCCAGAUGAAGCUGAAUGUCCUUGGGCUGAUGAUGAUAUCGAAAAAUGUCCAGAAGAAGGCGUUAUUGCUAUUUCUCAUCCUGAAUCAUGUGAAAGAUACAUUUUAUGUGUUAAUGGACAUGAAGUUGAAAGAGAUUGUCCAUUUGGUUUACAUUUCAGUCGAGAAUUGAGAAACUGUGCACAUCCAUUAAUAGCAAAUUGUGUUGCACCAACAAAUUAUGCAAUGCCAUCAGAGGACGCUACAUGCCCGACAUUGAACAAUUCAAAGGAUAUUGCUUUUAUGCCAAACAAAGACGAUUGUAGCUCUUACUUUUUGUGUUACAACGACGAUAGCAAGUUAUUCAAUUGUGCAAAAGGAUUACAAUUUGACAUGAACCUGAGGAAAUGCAUGAAAAAGAAUAAAGCUCAUUGUGUCAUACAAUCCUAAUAAUUAUGUAAAUGAUACUGUUUUGAAUAAAUGGCUACUUACCACCUGUCCCCAA